GUGGGUCACUGUUGUGGGCACCCCCGGGGCGGGUACUUUUUGUACUUGCCGCUGUGUUGGGGGCGGCGUUGCCUCCUUAGGCAGCUCCUCAGAGCCAGUUCUGACCCUUGGUGGUGGUGAUUCCGGCUCUGGGGACCAUCUAAACAGGACUUGCCCUGCCCACCUGUUCGCCCUUCCUGACGCCUGGAGCUCUGGGCAUCGCGGCGGGGGUGGCCUGGUAAAAGCCAGGUUCAGUGCCCAGGUGGCUGUGUCCUGCCUGUGGUGUCUGUUAGCAGCCUGCAGUGCUUUUUGCACGUCUUUGCAUCUGGCACAGACUUGUUCCAGGAGACCCAGACCUUAUCUACCAAAGGGCAAAAAAAAUGAAAAACUAGUUAGUAGCACUUUUUAAAUUUGUUUUCUUUAUUUUUUAUCAGGAUGUAAGUGUCUUAUUCCAUUUGUGCUGCUACAACAAAGCACCACACACAGGGCAGCCUAUAAAAACAACAGACAUUGAUUUCUCACAGUGAGGAGGCCGGAUGUCCGAGGUCAGGGGGUCAGCAGGGGCGGGUGAGGCCCUCUUCCUGGCUGCAGACUUCCUGUGUCCUCCCGUGGAGGAAGGGGCAAGGGAGCUCUGUGGGGUCUCUUAUCAGGGGGACUCCACCUUCAUGACCGAAGCACUCCCAAAGGCCCCACCUCAUAACACCCUCACAUUGGGCAUUAGGAUUUCAACACAGACAUAUACAUUUGGGGGACACGGACAUUCAGACCAGAGCAACAAGCAUACUUCAGGAUACUUCACACUUUUUCCCUUUGGCAGUUUGCAGAGGUCAUCCUAGGCAGAGGUCAUCCUAGGCAGAGGCCUUUUGCUUUUGUGCUUCUCUGGGACUCACCGCAGGUGGGAAUCUUGUCGCCUUCUCCCUCUCCGCCCCUCUGUGCCUCAGGCCCGCUGGGUUUGAGUUAAUCCCAUCGGGCGGCGACGUGAGGCUUAGUCAAGUGCUCUCACCUGAGAGGAGGUGUGUCAUCUCUCUGUCUUACUGGUGUGGACAAGGGCUCACACCCCCUCGUGGCCCUGAGGUCAUUGUGAAACAGGAGCAUCGUGGACACACCCCAUAUCCCAUCCACCGGGUGCAGUCUGAGUCGUGGUCUUAGCAGGUGCCGGACUGGUGUGUGGAAGGACUGUGGCUUUGGCAGCGGCACCAUCCUGAAGCCUCUGCUUCUGAAGCCACACGACUCACGUGGGAUUCGAGCUCAGGGGAUGAGCCUCGAGCUUACUUUUAAUUGAAACCACACACCUAGGCUCAGGACUUAAUGAAGCUCAGGCUGUGUAUGUCGGCGGUCCCUAACCUUUUUGGCACCAGGAGCCGGUUUCGUGGGAGACAGUUUUUCCACGGACAGGGUGGGGGGGUGGUUCAGGCGGUAACGCCAGCGAUGGGGAGAGGCAGGUGAUGCUGUGCGACCCGGUCCGGUACCCGUCUGCGGCCUGGGGGUUGGGGACCCCUGCUCUAUGUCUCAGCGCAGAAGGAAUUCAUAGUAAGAGGCAAAGUGAUGGGUGAGAAGUGGAAUUAUUUAGAGAGGUACGCAUUCCUCAGAAAGUGGUCCGUCUCAAAAGGAGAGAGCGGCCCUGGAAUACGGGGUGGUUACUUUUUAUGGGCCGGCUAGUUUCAUAGGCUAACUAGUAGGAGGGUUGUUCCAGCUUUUUCAGGGGAAGGGCAGGGGUCUCGGAACUGUGGGGCCCGUGGGUGUGUCAUUUAGCUGAUGUACUACAGUGAGCAUAUAAUGAGGCUCUGGGGGGCGAGUCUUGCGCCGUCUUGGGCGUGGUUGGUUCUAACCAGUUUUUGUCAUAUCUGACAUCUGUGUGUUCUUUAAGGAUUGUGCUCUGCCCCCUCCCCUCCUGGUCUCUCGUCCCUCCCAGGAGGGUGUGCACUGCCUACGGAUGUAUCUGCUGCAUCUAAAUAUACCAGGUGACUUUCCCGCCUGAGAAAGAGCCUAUCAGAAACUCCGCUUCCCCAUUGCUGCCGGCAGCAGAUGUUCACCUUGCACUUGUUGCUGUUCUGAAGCGGGGAGUGUGGUCUCAUUGCUCCUGUAAUUUCAUACACUUAUUCAGCAAACAUUGAGCCACUGGCUGCUCUGCUGGGGCAGGAAGGGGGGUGUGAGAGCGACGAGGCAGAGGACCUCGGUGAGAGGAGGGGCCUCGGCGACAGGGUGACGUGGCCAAGCACCAGCCGAGGGGCAGGAGCCACCCCAGCCAAGGGGCGGCCCGGGCAGGGUUGAGCACCCCAGGAACGGUGUAGGGACGGGCUGGGGGUGGCCUUGGAGCCGAGAACAGUCACUGUGUUCCCAUGGGGGGGGCAGGACAGGACAGUGCUGCCGCGGCCCAGGUUCUGGAUCUGUGCGGCGGGAAGCAGCUCAGGUCACAGGCACGGGCUCGGGCAGGAGCUGGCCUGGCCCAAGGCCUCGUGGCCGGCCACCAGCACCCACUGGGGAGGCUGUGAAUGGGGCGCCUGUGGCCGGGUAUGGUCAGCCCGUAGUGCAAAUGACUGUCCACCUCUGCUGGGUUCCCAGAGGACCAGAGCUGUGCCGUUAACAAAGGUCGGUACCCGUUUUCGGGUGAAUUCUGGGGUACUUUUAUUCACUCCUUGAAUUCUAAUCGAAGACUCCGGUUGAAAUUCUAAUUAGAGUCGUGUUGCCUUUACACGCACAGACACGCACGCACACACGUUUUGGGGGAGUGGGCAUUUCUGGUGGACGGAGGGGUGGGCGGUGAGGGCCAGCCUCUCUCCGCCAAGGCUUCUGCUCCCCAGAGGCAGCCACGGUCAGGAGUUCAGUGUGUAUUUUCCUGAAAGUUGUGGUAAACGUACUCAUCCACUGGACGUUUCACAAAGAAAGUGAGGUGGGGGCUCCCUGACAUGCUCCCCCAGAGGCCCACAGUGUGAGGUGAGGCGUCCUGCUUGGUGAGCUGCCUGCCUGAGGGGGCUGACCUCAUUCUUGCGUCGUUUUUCCCCGAGCAAUCUGCCUGCUGGGCUUCUGUGUCCCUGUUGCGGACCCGCCUCGGCCUCCAGGUGAUGUCAGCCCCAUCGCCCUGCCAGGGGAGCUCUUGGUCCCCACUUCUGUGUGGCAGUUGGGGGGUGACAGAUAGCUUACUUGGCCUGGCAUUUCCCCAGAACCUGCCCACCGGCGGGCCUCCCUGUCAGGUGCUCAAACCAAAUCCCUGGGUCACUCUGGACUCCCACCAGAACCCAACCCCCGCUGGAGCUGCCACCGGGGCAGAACCAGGCGUGGCCAGGGCAUCGGUGGGCCACAGGAGGGCCUGGCAUGGGGUCCCCACAGGAGUGUGGCCCUGGCAGGACUGUGCACGCCCAGCCUCUCUGGAGGCAGCCAGGCCCGGUGCCUCCCUGGAUGACAGCUUGGCUCCUGUGAGGACGCGCUCACCCGGGCCUGUGCGUGCACUGCAGGCUGUGCCAGUCCCACAGGCUCCUCCGAUUUCCAUCUUCCUCAGAUACCCCAGGGAUCAGGUGAUGGCAGCGGCCAGGCUCCUGCCGCCACCGGCGGUGCCCCAGGCCAAGGUGACCUUCGAGGACGUGGCCGUGCUCCUCUCCCAGGAGGAGUGGGACCGCCUGGGCCCUGCUCAGCGGGGCCUCUACCGACAUGUGAUGAUGGAAACCUACGGGAACGUGGUCUCCGUGGGAAUUCCAGGAUCCAAGCCCGAGGUGAUCUCGCAGCUGGAGCGAGGAGAGGAGCCGUGGGUCCUGGACAAACAGGGAAAUGAGGGGCGCCGGGGCCUGGGCACUGGCCGCUCAGACAACUUCACGUAUGGCCACAUGACAGCUUGUGUGCGACAAGACAGCACGUCCUGUCCCUGGGGAUGUGAAAACACGGAGCGGGACCAGAGCAGAGCCUUGAGUCUGAGGCCGCUCACUUCACAGGAAGCACCAACGGCUCUGAGGAAAACGCCAGCCGAGUGGAGUGACCAGGGAAGCUGCGAGCCCGAGGAGAGCUUCUGUCUGAGUCCCAGCCACGCCGGCCCCCCUGAAGGCCGGGCCUUGAGUCAGGGCAUGCCUGUCGCUCAGCGACCAGCCGUUCCUGGCGGGGAGAGACCCUACCGGUGCGUGGAGUGCGGGAAGUGCUUUGGGCGGAGCUCCCACCUCCUCCAGCACCAGAGAACCCACACCGGGGAGAGGCCCUACGUGUGCGGCGUGUGCGGCAAGGCCUUCAGCCAGAGCUCGGUCCUCAGCAAGCACAGGAGGAUCCACACGGGCGAGAAGCCCUACGCGUGUCACGAGUGUGGAAAGGCCUUUCGAGUGAGCUCAGAUCUGGCUCAGCAUCACAAGAUCCACACGGGGGAGAAGCCACAUGAGUGUCUCGAGUGUCGCAAGGCCUUCACACAGCUCUCCCACCUGCUCCAGCACCAGCGCAUCCACACCGGGGAGAGGCCCUACGUGUGCGGCGUGUGCGGGAAGGCCUUCAACCACAGCACUGUGCUGCGCAGCCACCGGCGGGUGCACACCGGGGAGAAGCCGCACGCAUGCGCGGAGUGUGGCCGCGCCUUCAGCGUGAAGAGGACGCUGCUCCAGCACCAGCGGGUCCACACCGGGGAGAAGCCCUACGCCUGCGGCGAGUGUGGCCGCGCCUUCAGCGACCGCUCCGUCCUCAUCCAGCACCACAGCGUGCACACAGGCGAGAAGCCCUAUGAGUGCAGCGAGUGCGGCAAGGCCUUCCGGCACCGCUCCACCCUCCUGAACCACGAACGUAUCCACACCGAGGAGAAGCCCUAUGGCUGCUACGCAUGCGGCAAGGCCUUCGUGCAGCACUCCCACCUGACCCAGCACCAGCGGGUCCACACCGGCGAAAAGCCCUACGUGUGCAGCGAGUGUGGCCACGCCUUCAGUGCCCGCAGGUCCCUGGUCCAGCACCAGCGGGUCCACACGGGUGAGAGGCCAUUCCGCUGUGCACAGUGCGACAAGGCCUUCAGCCUGAAGGCCACGCUGAUCGUGCACCUGAGGACCCACACAGGCGAGAGGCCCUAUGAGUGUAGCCGCUGCGGCAAGGCCUUCAGCCAGUACUCGGUGCUCGUGCAGCACCAACGCAUCCACACAGGCGAGAGGCCCUAUGAAUGUGGGGAGUGCGGCCGCGCCUUUAACCAGCACGGCCACCUGAUCCAGCACCAGAAGGUACACAGGAAGCUGUGACCUUGGCCGCACGCGAACCUGCACUUGGGAACUUGGGCACCCGGCCCCAGGAAGCCUCCAGUCCAAGGGAGGUGCCCGUCAGCGUCACCAAGUAUCACUGAGAAGGGAAGCACUGACAUGUCUCUGGAAGAACUUCAGAGGAUGCCUCAUUUUUUUCUCUCAACUUCUUGAGGUUACACUGCAGAGUAAUUACACAAUUGUAGAGAAUUUUGGUGAAGACAGUUACAAUUCAUUAUUUAACGUUAGUUUAUUAGAAGUGAGGAAGUAAAGGAAGUUACUGUCACAGUAAAACUUCCUCACACUCCAAAUAGAGGGUUUUUUCUUAGAACAUUAUAUGCCUUUUUCCUAAACUCAACAACUGUUCUGAGUAUUGCACUUAAAAUUAGAAUGUUGGACGAUAUUUUCAGUAUUCUGUUAAGCACUACAAUACUGUGUGGAUAAAAUGACAUAAAAAAGAUUGUCACUAAGUGUCGUAAUGUAUUAUGGCUGAAAAUCCUGUGUGUGUGGAACCACUUGUUUUGUAUGAAAACCGGGUGGCAGGGGGGUGGGGGGGCGGGACUCUAAAGAUUAAUUAGUGAGAAAUUAUGUAAAUUUAGAAAACCCUUCAUCUACUCCUUUAACUUUUCAAGAUCAGAAGGGAGGUCCUAACUUACUUAUUAGUGAAGAUUCAACUCAAAAAUGGAUCUUUUCCUCAAAACCUGUGCACAGAAAUCAUGGGAUGUCUUGGGCUUCUGGGCCCAUGUAGGCCUAGGAGACCUCUUCACACUCAGAGCCCAGACCUUACAGCUGCUACACCACGUGGGUGCCUCUUUAUACACUAUGGUGUUUCCCAAAAAUAGUGUUACUAAAAAGACAGUUCUUCGGCACAUACUUUUUUUUUUUUUUUUUUUUUUGCGGUAUGCGGGCCUCUCACUGCUGCGGCCUCUCCUGCUGCGGAGCACAGGCUCCGGAUGCACAGGCUCAGCGGCCAUGGCUCAUGGGCCCAGCCGCUCUGUGGCAUGUGGGAUCCUCCCGGACCGGGGCACGAACCCGUGUCCCCUGCAUCGGCAGGCGGACUCCCAACCACUGCGCCACCAGGGAAGCCCCUGGCACAUACUUUUAAAACAAAAUUCUCAAAUAGCUUUUUGUUUAAUCUUUCUGAUAUUUCUUUUGCUAUGACUGAGGGUUUUCUUUCAUUUUUACUCCUAGUUCCAAGAGAGUCUAGUAUUCAUUGUCGUAUACUGUAAUCUAGUUUAUUCAUAAUUUUCAAAAGUUUCUUCUCUCUGUUGAGAACAUAUCAGUUUCUCAGGAAAAAUCAAGGACCAGAGUGUUGGUCACUUUUUUUUUGGCUGUGUUGUGUCUUCGUUGCUGCACGUGUGCUUUUCUCUAGUUCUGGUGUGCGGGCUUCUCAUUGCAGAGCACAGGCACCAGGCGCACGGCCUUCAUUAGUUGUGGCACACGGGCUCAGCAGCUGUAGUUCUUGGGCUCUAUAGCACAGGUUCAGUAGUUGUGGCGCACGGGCUUCGUUGCUCCACAGCAUGUGGGAUCUUCCCAGACCAGGGCUCGAACCCUUGUCCCCUGCAUUGGCAGGUGGAUUCUUAACCACUGUGCCACCAGGGAAGUCCUAGAGUGUUGAUCCUUAGGUCCACAGCAAUCACUGAUGCAGGUGAAAGCUUGUUUUCCCCUCUCUGCAGGCACUGCUGAGAGGAGCUUACAUCACUCAGGUGUAACAUGAGAGAGGAACUGAGAUCACAGGGAAGCUACCAAACUUUUUGACUCAGUCCAUGACUGGCAUCUGACUCCCAGUGCUACUCAGCUGAGCCCACCACUACUCAGGACACAAUUCCUAAUCGUGUGGAAGUCAGAGUAAGAAACAGUCAUGUUCCAAGACAAUGCUGCCCACUCUCACCACCUCUAUUCAACAUAGUACUGGAAGUCCUCGCCACAGCAAUCAGACAAGAAAAAGAAAUAAAAGUCAUCCAAAUUGGAAGGGAAGAGGUAAAGUUGCCAUCAUUUGCAGAUGAUCUGAAUACUACUGGGUGGGCCAAAAUGUUCAUUCGGCUCUUUCUUUAAGAUGGCUCAGUAGCACUUAAUUGUCUUUAACUUCAUUAAAAACAAUUUCGUUAGCCUGUAUGUGACAGCUGUCAUAUCAGCAUGCAUUUAAAAAAAGACGUAUCAAAACUCUUGAAUUUUAAUAUUGAAGAUGGAAGAAAAAGAGCAACAUUUUCAGCAUAUUAUGCUUUAUUAUUUCAAAAAAGGUAAAAACACAACCUAAAUGCAAAAAAAAGAUUUGUGCAGUGUAUGGAGAAGGUGCUGUGACGGACCGAACGUGUCAAAAGUGGUUUGCAAAGUCGUACUGGAGAUUUCUCGCUGGAUGAUGCUCUGUGGUCGGGUAGACCAGUUGAAGUUGAUAGCGAUCAAACAGAGAACAUUAAUUGAGAGCAGUCAAUAUUAUACCACACAGGAGAUAGCCAACGUACUCAAAAUAUCCAGAUCAAGCGUUGAAAAUCACUUGCACCAGCUUGGUUAUGUUCAUCACUUUGAUGUUUGCAUUCCACAUAAGCAGAGAAAAACUUCUUGACUGUAUUUCCCAUGCAAUUCUCUACUUAAACAUAAUGAAAAUGUUCCAUUUUUAAAACAAAUUGUGAUGGGUGAUUGAAAAGUGGAUACUGUACAAUAAUGUGAAAUGGAAGAGAUCGUGGGGCAAGAGAAAUGCACCAUCACCAGCCACACCAAAGGCCAGUCUUCAUCCAAAGAAGGUGAUGUUGUGUAUAUGGAUUGGAAGGGAGUCCUCUAUUAUGAGCUCCUUCCGGAAAACCAAACGAUUAAUUCCAACAAGUACUGAUCCCAAUUAGACCAAAUGAAAGCAGCACUCAUUGAAAAGCAUCUGGAAUUAGUGAACAGAAAACGCAUAAUCUUCCAUCAGGAUAAUGCAAGACCACUAGUUUCUUUGAUGACCAGGCAAAAACUACUACAACUUGGCUGGGAAGUUCUGAUUCAUCCGCCAUAUUCACCAGACAUUGCACCUUUGGAUUUCCAUUUAUUUAGGUCUUUACAAAAUUCUCUUAAUGGAAAAAAUUUCAACUCCCUGGAAGACUGUAAAAGGCACCCGGAACAGUUCUUUGCUCAAAAAGUUUUGUGGGAGCUUCCCUGGUGGCGCAGUGGUUAAGAAUCCGCCUGCCAAUGCAGGGGACACGGUUCAAGCCCUGGUCCGGGAAGGUCCUGCAUGCCGCGGAGCAACUAGGCCCGUGCACCACAACUGGUGAGCCUGUGCUCUAGAGCCCGGGAGCCACUACUGAGCCUGCAUUCCACAACCACUGAAGCCCACACGCCUAGAGCCCGUGCUCUGCAACAAGAGAAGCCACCACAAUGAGAAGCCUGCACACCACAACAAAGAGUAGCCCCUGCUCGCCGCAACUAGAGAAAGCCCACAUGCAGCAACAAAGACCCAACACAGCCAAAGGUAAAUAAAUUAAAUAAAUAAAUAUUUUAAAAAAAAAGUUUUGGGAAGAUGGAAUUAUGAAGUUGCCUGAAAAAUGGCGGAAGGUAGAACAAAAGAGUGAAUACGUUGUUCAAUAAAAUUCUUGGUGAAAAUUAAAAGUGUGUCUUUUAUUUUUACUUAAAAGCCAAAGGCACUUUUUCACCAACUAAAUAUGUAGAAGACCCUAAAGACUCCACACGAAAACUUCUAGAACUGAUAAUCCUAAAAUUCAUAUGGAACUAUAAAAUACCCAGAAUUGCCAAAGAAAUCCUGAGGAAAAAGAACAAGGCAGGGGACUUCCCUGGUGGCGCAGUGGUUAAGAAUCCGUCUGCCAAUGCAGGGGACACAAGUUCCAGCAAUGAAGACCCAAUGCAGCCAAAAAUAAAUUAAUAAAUAAAUUUAUAAAAAAGAAUAAAGCAGGAAGCAUAACCGUCCCAGAUUUGAGACAAUACUAUUGGGUUGGCCAAAAAGUUCGUUCGGGUUUUUCUGUAACAUCUUAUGGAAAAACCUGAACUUUUUGGCCAACUCAGUACAAAGCUACAGUAAUCAAAACUGUGGUAUUGGCACAAAAACCAACAUAUGAGUCAAUGGAACAGAAUAGCCCAGAAACAGGCCCACACACCCAUGGUCAAUUAAUCUUUGGCAAAGGAGGCAAGAAUAUACAAUGGUAAAAGAAAAAAAAACAGUCUCUUCAGCAAGUGGUGUUGGGAAAGUUGGAUGCAUGUAUAUCAAUGAAGUUAGAACACUCUCACCAUAAACAAACUCAAAAUGGCUUAAAGUCUUAAACAUAAGACAUGACACCAUAAAACUCAUGGGAGAGUACAUAGGCAAAACAUUGCCUGACAAAUCGUACCUGAGGCAGUCAGUCUCCCAAGGAAAUAGAAAUAAAAACAAAAAUAAACAAAUGGGACCUAAUCAAACUUACAAACUUUUGCACAGCAAAGGAAACCAUAAGCAAAACAAAAAGACAAUGUACAGAGUGGGAGAAAAUGUUUACAAACAAAUGACAAGGGCUUAAUUUCUAAAAUGUACAAACAGCUCAUACAACUCAACAACAACAAAAAAAACAACCCAGUUAAAAAGUGGGCAGAAAAACCUAAACAAAUAUUUCUUCAAAGAGGAAAUACAGAUGGCCAACAGCCACGUGAUAAAAUGCACAACAUUGCCAAUUAUUAGAGAAAUGCAAAUCAAAACUACAAUGAGGUACCACCUCACACCAGUCAGAAUGGCCAUCAUUAAAAAGUCUACAAAUAACAAA